GCCCCGGCGGCCAGGGCGGCAGCGGCGGGCGAGGAGAGCAGCGCGGCGGGCCCCGCCGCUUUCUGUCUGAGGCGCUGAGUGUCGGUCGCGGCGGCGAGAAUCGGGAGGAGGAGAGACCACAAGGAUAGGCCCAGAAACACAGCCAGAAAAAAAAAAAUUCACCAUGGCAAAUAUCCACCAGGAAAACGAACCAAUGGAGCAGCCCAUGCCGAAUGGAGAAGACCGCCCUUUGGGAGGAGGUGAAGGCCACCAGCCCGCAGGAAAUAACAGACGGGGACAGGCUCGCCGACUUGCCCCUAAUUUUCGAUGGGCCAUACCCAACAGGCAGGGCAAUGAUGGGAUGGGUGGAGAUGGAGAUGAUAUGGAAAUGUUCAUGGAGGAGAUGAGAGAAAUCAGGAGAAAACUUAGGGAGUUGCAGCUGAGGAAUUGUUUGCGUAUCCUUAUGGGGGAGCUCUCCAAUCACCAUGACCAUCAUGAUGAAUUUUGCCUUAUGCCUUGACUUCUGCCCUUUUCCAUGAGAUUAAUACUGUGAUUCCCACUGAUUUCCUUUUCCUUGCAUUUUCCCAACAUGCCUUUAUGGAUCCAUUUGCUGUGAACCUUAUGUUAUUUCCAUGUGUCAAGUGGGUCUUGUGUUGCCAGCUUCUAAUUGAAAAUUGCAUCUGCACCCAGACUAAGUUUCUGUCAGAGUAGAGUUUCAUCCAUUUGCAUGGAAAACUGUAAAGUUAAUAAAGCAAUUGAAAAGCAA